GGAGCGCGCGAUGGGCAGCCCGGCGGCGGGUUGGGGCGCGGCUCCCGCCAAGCGCGCGCGGCGGGAGGGCUCCGCCGAGAGCUCCUGCGGCUCCCCGGCCGACCGCGACCCGCGGCUGUGGGACACGGAGCGGCUCUGCCAGCACCUCUCGCGCAACGGCGUGGGCGAGCCCGGCCUGCUGCGCCGCUUCCGAGAGAGCGGCGUCACCGGGGCCAUGCUGCUCGACCUGCCCGCCUGCGCGCUGCGGAUCACCCACGCCUGAGAAGGGUCGGGCUGUGGGCGUCUUUAAGUGCGCGGAUAAAAACGGCGUGGAACCACGAGGAAGGCGGCUGUGGGGCUCCCGCUGCGGGGGGCGUUUGUGUCACUGAAAUAAGGAGCAGAGAAGCGCGAGGGCCGCUCCGAAAGUAACGCCUCCUGUUUUAUGGCGUUGGCACACGGUGCUGCAGGUGGAUGUUGGUGAGAUGGCAGCGAAGGUUGAGCCUUCCCACCUGUACCACGUGCCGUUUUGUUGCUGGGGGGCAGAUAGCAGCAGAGGUGCCCCUCUGGCAGAGCAGCUUUGGACGCGGCAGUGCAAGUGGAGUGAAGAGCUGCGUUUGAAUUCCUCUGUGUCAAAAAAGAAAGAAAAAAUGGCACUCGUUGAUGCUUUUGAACAUUUAUGGAGCGGAUGUGAGGGCAGCAGGGGAAGGGCUGUGGUUUUCAGCAGUGGUGACUGUAACUGUGUAUCACCUCCAUGGCAGACUUCCACGAGCUCAGCAUGCAGCUCUUGUUCACCUGUUCACCCCCGGUGGAAACGCACGGCAUUAGUAGCUGAGAAUUUGCUCUAUCCGGCAGUGUUAUUGUGCUCUUUGUUGUGGUUUCCACAGAAAUAAAUAGGCAUUACUUCCUGAGUACCUGCAUAAUUUCCCUGUGUUUUAUUCCCCAAGGCCGGUUGUUUUUAGUACCUCAGUGCCUGUUUGAACAUCAAGUGCUCACACUGGGUACUCCGGCAUAGGGAACAUCUGCGUGCUCCUUCCAGGCCUCUCUGGGUUAGCCUCCCAGAUGAGAGACUGAAAGUGCUCGCCUGCCUGAACCAGCUGAGACAGACAGCAGACAUCAUGAAGGUUUUUAAUGAUCCAGUUCAUGGGCACAUUGAGAUACACCCUCUUCUUGUUCGCAUCAUUGACACGCCUCAGUUUCAGCGCCUGCGAUACAUUAAGCAGCUGGGUGGCACUUACUUUGUUUUUCCAGGAGCCUCUCACAACCGGUUCGAACACUCCUUAGGGGUGGGCUACCUUGCAGGAUGUCUGGUUCGUGAACUGAAGGAGCGGCAACCAGAACUGGAUAUAACCCAACGAGACAUCCUCUGUGUGGAAAUUGCUGGGCUUUGUCAUGAUCUGGGUCAUGGGCCGUUUUCACACAUGUUUGAUGGGAGAUUUAUUCCGCUUGCUCGUCAAGGUUUGAACUGGAAGCAUGAAACUGCUUCUGUUGAAAUGUUUGAGCACCUGAUCACAUCCAACAAACUGGAAGAAAUCAUGGAAUCGUAUGGUCUCAUCCUGGAGGAGGACAUAGCCUUCAUCAAGGAACAGAUAGGAGGCCCUAUAGAUGAGACAGCUUGUGAGGAGUCGUGGCCCUACCGAGGACGGCCAAAGGAGAAGAGUUUCCUAUAUGAGAUAGUAGCCAACAAGAAGAAUGGCAUUGAUGUGGACAAAUGGGAUUAUUUUGCAAGGGAUUGCCACCACCUAGGGAUCCAGAAUAAUUUUGAUUAUAGGCGCUUAAUUAAAUUCACUCGUGUUUGCGAAGCAGGAAACCAGAAGCAUAUCUGUGCCCGUGAUAAGGAAGUUGGGAAUUUGUAUGAUAUGUUCCACACUCGGAAUUGCCUGCACCGGCGAGCGUACCAGCAUAAGGUUGGCAACAUCAUUGAGAUAAUGAUUACAGAAGCCUUUCAAAAAGCAGACUGUUUUUUUCAAAUAGAAGGCUCUAAAGGAAAAUUGUACCACAUCUCUACAGCGAUGGAGGACAUGGAAGCCUACACUAAGCUAACUGAUAAUAUCUACCUGGAAAUUCUGCACUCAAGUCGUCCAGAACUGAGUGAGGCACGAGAAAUUUUGCAUAAAAUAGAACGGCGUGAAUUAUACAAGUUUUUAGGAGAGACUCAACCCGAAAAAGUGAAUGAAAUUCCAAAGGAUGAAUACGAUGGCCUGGCAGGGGACAUUGCUAACUCCAAGCCAGAAAAAGAUCCUCCAGAUGUGGAGCUGACUGCUGAAGACUUCAUAGUUGAUGUUGUCAAUAUGGAUUAUGGAAUGAAAGAUCAGAACCCUAUUGAUAAUGUUCUCUUCUACUGCAAGGCUGACCCGUCCAAGGCCAUCAAGAUCAGUAAAGAACAGGUUUCAAGGCUUUUACCAGGGACCUUUUCAGAGCAGGUUAUCCGGGUUUACUGCAAACGUCAGGAUCCAAUUAUUGUUUCAGCUGCAAAGCAGUAUUUUGUUCAGUGGUGUAUAAAGAGGGAUUUCACCAAACCACAGGAUGGUGAUGUGGUUGCCCCUCAUCUAACUCCACUGAAACAAAGCUGGAAUAACAGAAGCAAGACUGAAUACACGACAGCUUCAGAACCCAGCUGCAAGCAGAAGCUCUCUUUCAAUAAGUAACGCGUCUCCUUUUGCACUGUUCAACCACCUGCUUCAGAAGAUGGGUAGCUCUGAGCAGCAGCUCUUUUAAAACGCAAUCCAAUGGACUGUAAAAAGAAAAAAAAUAGAGCAAUGCAGCAGUGCAUUUUACAGUACACUGUGCUUUUAUGUGUGCACUUAAACUAAGUGCUUAUUUGGAUUGAACUGCUACAGAGCUAACAGAUAACCUGUUACAGCAAAGCAAGCUCAGUUCUCAUUUAUUUUUGAAUAUAUUGGUGCUGUUGUAGCAAGGGGAACUACAUUUAAAAAAAAAACUCAUUCAUUAUAAUGGCCAGAAGUGCAGUAGAUUUGUUACUGCUGCUUCUGGUCCUGAUCCAUCCCGAAGGCAAUUGCAAUGUUGCUAGAGCUGUUAGAAGAGCUUCCAUCUCUCUUUUAAACUUUAUUAUUCCACCACCUCUUAUUUUCUGUAAUGAUCUUUUUAUUAAAGGUGACUGUUCUGGUGUUCAGGAAGCCGAUUGGGUUGCAGGCCUCUUGCUAUGAAAGUGAGCACACAGCUUUUAUUGAGGGAGCACUGCCCUGCAGUGACACGCAGCAUUUUACUGUUUUUAUAGCAUAUUUUUGAUACAUUGAAUGUAACUUUUUUUUUUUAAACUGCUACCCUGGACUGCAGAAACUCCUGAGAAGCUCCUGGCUGGGGUGCUGCCGGACAGCAGAGCUACACGCCUGCUUCUCAGUGCAGUGGUGGGCCCAGCAGGGUGCUGCACGCGGCUCUGCGUUUCCUUGCACCCAGCACACGUCGUUUCUGCACUUCACUGCACUGGGUGGUCAGGCUCGUCAGGAACCCUUCCACGAUUGCAUCCCGUCCCUGUUUUUCUGGCUCGAUGGUUGCUGUUCUGGUGCAUUUUUUUAUCUCCCUUAUAGACAGUAAGGGUUCUUACAAUCUCACCUGUGGGCACUACUAAUGUGAGUGCCAUAGUGUGAGUGCUAAGCGUCUGUCCCCUCAAAAAGCAAACAAGGAAGACUUUUUCCCUGUUGUACUCAGGUUUAAGGUGUUUUCUUUGAAGGCUGCUUUCAUUGAAUGAAGUUAAUUAAUAAAAACCCACCCUCAAACCUACAAAGUAAAGUGUUCUUUAAUACUCAGAAAUUGGAAAAGGGCUUUGGUUUUUUGUAUCUGAAGCGAGAAAAUAGAAGUUCAAUCUUGACGGCCAAGUUUUGAAACUAACAGAAGAAGUUGCUAUGCAAGAAGAUGGUGCCACUCUUCCUGUCUGAUUGUUUCCUCGGUCUGGAAGCUGAUGGCUGUGAUGUGAGGUGAAGGGGUAUUCACCUGCUUUACAGAUGUGGUCUGAGACAGCCAGAAGUUGUUCUGUGCUCAGCUGCUUGUGAACCUGUGUUUAAUGGUGAUGCAGCACCGCCUCUGCUGUUCCUGUUAAGAGCAUUUCACACCUGCAGUGUUCCAGGUAACUGCUGGAAGGUGGAGGGACCUUUAUAGAAGCUUUUGGAGUAUUUGCUUUAUGGUUCAAGGAGUAACAUUGUAGAGUGAAGGCAUUUAUCCCCAUUAUCUACGUGAAAUCAAGUACUGUUCCAGAAUAAUGUAAUUCUAUCACUGUUCCUGGGGUUUGUUUUUGAUGCUGUUAUAAAAGGUGCACUUUAUAUUUGGGAAAAGCUUUCUGCUCAAGUUUAAGUGAAAACUUUGUACACUGAACUUAAAACAUCUGGUAGAGUUGAGACAGUGUUUCUUUUUCUCAGACGUAAUCUGAGCCUUUCUGUGCUAAAAAAAUAAAUAAUGAUUUUAAUAUUCUUGCAA